GGCAGUUCUAUAUAUCCCCGUCGGGGCUCCCGCGCGGUGAACCCUCGAAACCCUCUCCCCUGCUCCCCUGUUCUCGUCGACAAGAAGAAAGGCGAAGAGAAGACAUGCGAACCAGAAGCCAAUCCAAACGUAAAGAAAGCCCGCCGGCUCCGCGCAAUUCAGAGCCCCAGACCAGUCUUGCUCAUGGAUCAGGUCAUGGAAAAGGGGAGGCCUCUGUCAAGAAGUCGAAACGGGCUGCCUCUCGCAAAGCUUCCGGUGGGAAACGGCGGCAAGAAAGCCCCAGCUUGCUCGAGGGAACCGAAGUCGAGGUAGAGGUACCAGGGGAAAACAGUGGUCAAGUGCGUGUUAAGGAAGUGCUUCUUUGUGAUUUAGGUCUGAAGGGAUGUAGUAGUCAGAAAAUGGAAGGAAGCACAUCAAGUAGAGGGAAAGAUGUAGGAGGGAAAGUUCAUCUGGAUGUGAAUGAAAUGGAUUGGGAAGAGGGUACUAUUUCUGUUUCGGAAGGCAGGGAAGGCUACUCCCAUGAUCUUGGGAGGGUGGUGACUGUUGAAUUCACUGAUUCACCAUCUACUGCUCAGAGGAGGGCUUCUCGCAGGGCUUCUGCAGAAGACAAGGUGCUAGCCGAACUUGUGCACAAGGUCCAUUUGCUUUGUCUACUAGCACGGGGUAGGUUAGUCGACAGUGUCUGCAAUGAUCCCCUCAUUCAGGCUUCCUUGGUUUCACUUUUACCAUCAAACUUACUGAAGAUAGUGGAGGUUCCAAAACUGACAGCUAGUACGUUGAACUCCCUCGUCAAUUGGUUUCAUAAUAAUUUCCAUGUACGAAAUCACAAUAUAGAGAGGGGAUCCUUUAAGUCAAAUCUUUCCUUUGCUCUUGAAACUCGUGAAGGGACAGCGGAGGAGGUUGUUGCAUUGUCGGUGGCCUUAUUUAGAGCUCUCAAUUUAACAACUCGGUUUGUGGCUGUUCUAGAUGUGGCCUCUCUCAAGCCAGAUGCUGACAUACCUGGGGGCUCAAGCCAAGAUGCAGAAAGGUUGGACACGAGGAUAUUCUCUUCUAGUACUGUGGCAAGUCCUUAUCAGGUUAACGCUCCAUAUCCUGCUGUUUCAAUGGAUGAUGCCAACAAAUACAUGGCUGAUAAAGUUUGCCAAAGAGAAAAGCAUCACAAAAAAGAGAACAGUUCAACCUGCAAGAAGAAUUUGCUUAAAGGUAUAGGUGCUGCUUGUAAUUCAGAUGAUGGAACCAGUGAUGCAUCAGCCAGCAAAGCAUGCAGUGACAACUUGAAUUCUUGUGUCAUCAGUUGUGCUGAAAAAUCAAAAAGGAAAGGGGAUCUAGAGUUUGAAUUGCAGUUGGACAUGGCUCUUUCAGCCACUUUAGCAGGAAUUCGAGAAAAUGUAGGUUUGGAUACGAUUGAUAUCCCUAGCACUGCAUCAUCUAUCGCUUCCCCUUUAAAAAAAAUGAGGAAAAUCAAAAGUGAAGAAUCUCCAAUUCUGACUCAUGGUAGUUCUAGUGCAGUUUGGUCAAGAAGAACAGGACCUCCCUUGUACUGGGCAGAAGUCUAUUGCAGUGGGGAGACCUUAACUGAAAGAUGGGUGCAUGUUGAUGCAGCAAAUGGUAUAGUUGAUGGUGAAGAGAAAGUAGAAGCUGCUGUUGCUGCUUUCAGGAGACCAUUGAAAUAUGUUAUUGCUUUUGCUGGAAAUGGUGCUAAAGAAGUGACUCGCAGGUAUUGCAAGCACUGGUAUAAAAUUGCUUCGCAACGAAUAAGUUCACAGUGGUGGGAUACAGUCUUGGCACCAUUGAAGGAGCUGGAAUCAGGUGCAACUGGAGGAAUAGUUCAGUUAGAAGCAAUACAAGAGAAGGUCCCAUAUGACCCAGGGAAAAAGGAACCUCCAGCUGAGCAGACUCAGAUUUCAACCAGGAAUUCUCUUGAGGACAUGGAGCUUGAAACUAGGGCAUUAACUGAGCCUCUUCCAACCAAUCAACUGGCCUUUAAAAACCACCACCUCUAUGCCCUAGAAAAAUGGCUUAACAAGAAUCAAGUACUCCAUCCAAAGGGUCCUGUACUUGGUUAUUGUUCAGGUCAUCCUGUCUAUCCUCGAUCUUGUGUUCAGACGCUACAAACAAAACAAAGAUGGUUGCGGGAGGGCUUGCAAGUUAAACCAAAUGAAAUUCCUGCCAAGGUAGUGAAAGGUUCCAAAAAAGUAAUUAACUUCCAGACAUCUGAACCUAGUGUUCUUGAAGAAGAUAUUGAGGAACCAACCUUAGAACUUUAUGGAAAGUGGCAAUUGGAACCUUUACAACUUCCUCAUGCUGUAAAUGGUAUUGUGCCAAAGAAUGAGCGUGGUCAAGUGGAGGUAUGGUCCGAGAAGUGUCUUCCACCUGGCACGGUACACUUGAGGUUACCCAGAUUGAUUCCAGUUGCAAAGAGGCUUGAAGUUGAUUUUGCACCUGCCAUGGUUGGGUUUGAAUAUCGUAACGGCCGUUGCUUUCCCAUGUUCGAAGGGAUUGUAGUCUGCAGAGAGUUCAAAGAUGCUAUCAUGGAGGCAUAUGCUGAAGAAGAAGAGAGGAGAGAAGCUGAAGAAAGAAAGCGCAAUGAAAGACAGGCUCUCUCAAGGUGGUUUCAGCUACUUUCCUCCAUUAUAACCAGACAGAGAUUGAAGAACUCUUACGUGGAGCGCGUCCCUCAUGACUCCCCCACCGACCAAAAGAACGACAAUUUUGUUUCCCAAAAAUAUAGUCAUGAAAUUGACUUAACAACCAUAGGAUCACAGCAAGGAUCGAUACAACAAAAUGCAAGGGCAGUCUUGCCAUCUGUUCAGGAUCAUGAGCAUGUCUUCCCUAUAGAGUGCCAGAGCUUUGAUGAAGAAAGCUUUGUCCGGACAAAGCGAUGCCCAUGUGGAUUCUCUAUUCAAGUGGAAGAGUUGUAGCACUAUAUUCUUCUUACACAUGUUACUCUACCAUGAUUUCCUAUAGAGAGUGUAUGGUAUAUCCAUAUUGUAAUGUAUGAUAUAUCUAUAUAUAUUGUUCCAGUUUCUCUUCUGGUCGACCCGAUGUAGCCUCUUUGAUUUUGACAGAAGGGAUAAAUGUAUGAGCAACCAGCUUCACCCCAUUGUCGGGGUUGGCUGUUAUAUGGCUUCAACUUCCAUGGUUGAUUCCUAUGUCACUAGAAAUAUCAAGAGCCUGUUUGGACUUUGAUUGCUUUUUUUA